AUGACCGUCACCAGACUAGAAGAUUUACCUAGUGAACUUUGGCUCGAGCUUUUCUCUUAUUUCACUUGGUUCCAGUUGAACUCAACAUGGGUUGAGUGGCGACUCAACAAUCGUAUUCACAAAUUAGCUCUUCUCGCACAAUCUCGUGUUGCUUUUGAAAUAACACCAAUGUUAUUAAGAACAUGGGAUCAAUGUUUAAGUUAUUUCGAACAUCAACAUUCGACGAUGGCACAUCGUAUAACUUCCCUUGUGCUCGAUGAACCAAUUCUGUCACGUGAAAUAAUUCGACGGUGGAUGGAAAACGAUUCUUCAUUUUUUCCACGCAUUCGUCGAUGCACAGUUUUUGUCGAACUCAUUGGUCACAAUAUGUUAUCUAAUCUCAUUCGAUUAAUUCAUCAAAACAAAUCAACUCUUCAUAGUCUUGUGAUGUAUUUCAAUCGGCUAGAUGACUAUGAAUACACAUUAAGAGAAAUCAUCUCGCAUGACGUCUCUGUACACACAAUGAAGUUGAUGUUUGUGGAAGAUGGUCGACACUAUUGUGAAAAUCGUUUAUCUUCUAAUACAUUCUUUGAUAUUCCUUCUCAUUUGGUCGCCUUUCUUCAUACUGUGUCUUUCCGACUUUCAUUGCGACGAAUAGCCGAUUUAUUGAUUCUCAUACAACACUGUAGUUUACCACGCGUCCAAUAUCUUCAUGUUACAGUCGAAAAGUCAUUUCGCAAGUGGAACGAAAGGACUCGUCAAUAUGAGGAACUACCUUGUUAUAAACUUUGUUCGAAUGACUUUCAUUCUAGUUUAUUUGAUUUACCAGAUUUACGCACUUUUCAUUUGCAACAAGUUUCUAUGAGUGACAUUAUCGUUUUAAUUCAACAUCUUGCAUCAAUAGUUCGACUAGAGUCACUUACCGUGGUCAAUUCCAAUGUCAAAGAUCGAGACGAGUUGAACAUAUUCAAAACCAGCAUGAAAACUCGCCUGUAUUGUCUACGUAAACUUAAAUUUAUUCUUAAUCUACCUGAUGAUACAGUAUUCGAGGAUGAUGAUCUCUAUUGGUUCAAUCUGGGCCAUCGUGGUAUUCAAUAUGAAAUUGAUAAGAAUGAGACAGAAUCAAAAAUUGUUCUUUACACACUUCCAUACUCACUCAACUGUCAACGGCAAGUGCGCAACAAUGCAUUUAUACAACAUUCACAAAUUGAACGUAAGAUCGACUACAUUCAGUGGGUAGUCGAUGAUGAUCCGUUAUCAAUCGAAAAUAGUCUUGUCUAUUUGCAAAAUACUCACUUUCUUAAAUGGUUUUAUGUCAUUCAAAAAAGUAUUCCAAGUCCCCGUUCAUGGUGUCUAAUAUUUCCUUUUCUACGUUAUGUUGAGCUGAACUUCGAAGAAAAUCCUUACACGUCUGGCAUAAUAUAUGACGGAACUCGAUCCACGCCGAUUUCUCAUCGUUCCAUUCUUCUGGAACAAAUUCGUAUAAAUGCGCCGUCUCUUCAAUGCCUGACACUUUCAUGGGAUGAUAUUCUACUUCUAGAAUCGGGCUUACCUUGGUCCUCUUUAGAUCAGUUAAAUAUCCGUCUAAGUGUUAGGAGACAGGAUGUGCCAGAUGAAUCGCUCUUAGGACGUGUAGUUACAGGCAAAGCUUUUCCUCAAUUGCGAUAUCUUUCAUUUGGUCGACGUCGCUUCAGACUCGCACCUCCAGAAGUGAUGGCUCAACGAGUUUUAUCGUGGUUCGAUAUUCUCAUAUCGUCAUUAUCAACGCUUUCCAUCUUUCAUGUUAACAAACGCUGUUGCUAUUAUCGAUCUAAACCAAAAUCAGCUAUUGGCACACUUAUGACACUUAUCAGACAACAUGUUCAUUUAAAUAAUCCAUCGGCUCAUGUAAUCAUUCAUUCAAAUGAAGAAAUUAUUAUUUGGCUUUGA